CAGAGCAGUAGUAUGCGCGUGCGCAGUAGCGCGCCACACAACCGCAACAAGCAAAGAUGGCGGCGGCCGUCGACAGUGUUGUGAAAGUGCUGGGGGAGCAGUAUUAUAAAGAUGCGAUGGAGCAGUGCCACAGCUACAACGCCCGGCUCUGUGCGGAGCGCAGCAUCCUCAUGCCGUUCCUGGACUCCCAGACCGGUGUGGCCCAGUCCAACUGCUACAUCUGGAUGGAGAAGAGGCACCGGAGUGCAGGCCUCGCCCCGGGCCAGCUGUACACGUACCCUGCCCGCCGCUGGAGGAAGAAGCGCCGCGCCCACCCCCCUGAGGACCCCCGCCUGGCCUUCCCACCCCUCAAAGCAGCUGACAUCGAGCUGGGCCUGAAGCGCGACACCCUGGGGGCCGCCGACGGCAGCAGCCUGGAGGCCCUGCUGAAGGGUGAGCCCCUGGACCGGAGGGGGGGCGCCGCCGCCGCCGAGGUCCGCGGGCCGGAGGAGGACCCCGUCCCGGAGCCCGUCGCCGCCUCCGCCUCCACCCACACCUCCUCUGGACGCAUACGCAAGCGGGUGCUGGACCACGACGACUACCUGGACGACCUGGACGAUGAAGACUUUGAGGACGAGACCCCAAAGAGACGAGGCAAGAGCAAGUCCAAGAGCCGCAGCGAGAGGAACAGCAAGAAGAAGUCUGAGGCGGCCGCCGCUGCCCUGGAGGAGCGAGACAAGCCCUACGCCUGUGACAUCUGUGGGAAGCGCUACAAGAACCGCCCGGGCCUGAGCUACCACUACACACACUCUCACCUGGCGGAGGAGGAGGGCGAGGACCGGGAGGAGGUCGAGGCUCCACCGCCUCCACGCCAGCCUGACGAGCCCAAGACCCCUAAGAAGGGUCCCAAUGGACUGGCCCUGCCCAACGACUACUGUGACUUCUGCCUGGGAGACUCCACCCUCAACCAGAAGACCGGCCAAUCAGAGGAGCUGGUGUCCUGCUCCGACUGCGGCCGCUCAGGCCACCCCACCUGCCUGCAGUUCACGGCGGUGAUGAUGGCGGCCGUCAAGACGUACCGCUGGCAGUGCAUCGAGUGCAAGUGCUGCAACGUGUGCGGCACCUCGGAGAACGACGACCAGCUGCUGUUCUGCGAUGACUGUGACCGAGGCUACCACAUGUACUGCCUCAGCCCCCCCAUGACGGAGCCCCCGGAAGGGAGCUGGAGUUGUCACCUGUGUCUGACGCUGCUGAAGGACAAGGCGUCCAUAUACCAGCAGAACCAGAGCUCCGCCUCUGAUUGAUCGGCCAGGCCCCCUUUUCAGUGAGCUAUGGGGAACCCCCAUCUCCCCGUCCCCUCGCUUUCAGAGCACCCCGGAGUGCGGUCUUAAACACACACACACACACACACACACACACACACACACACACACACACACACACACACACACACACACACACACACACACACACACACACACA